GAAACUGUGUGUUUUGUACAGGCAAGAGAAAUACGGACCCUGCUUCCAGCCGUCAUGGAGGCCUUGCGGUUUGCCAAUACCUCCAUUACUCUGAAGGUGCUGAAGAUCUUCAGAAAUAUAAUGCGCCAUCUGGGGAAACGGCAUGCCAGUUCCAUUGCUCUGAAGCUGGCUGUGAAGAUUCUGCCUCUUUUUAAUCAUGUGUCAAGUGAAGUGCGAGACAACUCCAUCUACCUCUUCAAAGAUCUGAUGGACGCUGUGCUGUGGUAUAAGAAGGGAAACAUGAAGAAUGUUGUGUGCAAGGCCCUGCUUCCUCUGCUAUUUCAGAUGAGUGACAAGACCACGAGCGUAGCACAGGCAUCUGGGGAAGCCCUUGUGGCUUGUGCAAAAUUCCUGAAGUGGGAGGAGCUCGAGCACUGGGCCCAGGAGGAGAACACAGUGGGGAUCAGGAUGUGUUUGCUGCACCAGGACAAGAUGAGUGUGAAAGGAUACCUGAGACAGAGCCUGCCAUACCUGAAGGAUUCUCAGGCCUCCUUGCGAUGCGAGGCUGUCAAAUUCAUCGGGCUGGCUGUGCAGUACUCCAGGGAACAAAGUAAGGAAGUGCUGGAUGAAAUCUGCAGUGCCCUUCAGCCUUUGGAAGAUGACGUCUAUCUGUCAGUCCGUUUCCUGGCAGCCCAGACAAUACAGACUCUGACACAUCGAAGGCAGCAGGCACCAUCAGCAGGGAGCAGGCUCUCAGCACUUUGCUGCUGGCCCUGCAUGGCCAUCUAA